AUAUAGCGAUCUAUUGCGCGGGCGUUUCGAGACGGUGACGCUCUAAUCUCUAUAUAACUCCCCUACCUGCUCUAGCGGGGAUUUCAAAAAGGGACGACCCGUGACAUUAAGUAGAGACGAAAUUCACAUUCACGACCGCCAUCGUUAAGGAAUGAGGGAAACAGGGAGGACAAGAAUGAGAAAGAGCGAGAGGGAGAAAUGUAGAGGCGAAGGCGAGAGCGUGGCUUGUUGGGUUUCGUGGUGGGUGGCCGGCGUUCGGUGAAGACGUUCGCGUGUGGGGUCCUGCUACUUUACUUCGGCGUUCGACGAAGUUUUUGUGAUAUCUUCAGCAGGAUGUGAUACUCCAAUAGCCCUGGCCACGCCGACCUAGGAAUCUUGUUUAGAAAUAUGAGGAGAGAGAUAAAAGGAGACUUUCUGCGAGUGAAUUAUCGUAGAAUGAAGAUGAUACUACUUUUUUACUUAGCUGUCUUAGUGCCUUCAUCUAGAUUAGAAUUAAAUAAUAGUUUUGAAACGCAUAGACUAGAUAAUACAUCCUGGAGUGAUUAUCAUAAUAUUCGUCAUAAAAGAUAUUUUACUGACAGAUUUGGAAAUGAUGAAUAUCCAGCAGAUCCAGCUAAUUGCACAAGACCUGCAAAAUGUAUACCAUUGGAAAAUGCAACUUGCUUUGGAACAAAACUCCCAUAUGACACAACAACUUUGGACCUUAUUCCAGAGUAUAGUACACAAACUAUGAUUAAGGAAAGAUUAUAUGUAUUACAAGGUCUAAAACAUAUUCCUAAGUGCUGGGCAGUUGUACAACCUUUUCUUUGCUCUCUAUUUAUGCCUAAAUGUGUUAAUGGUACAGUGAAUUUACCAUCUCAUGAGAUGUGUCGUGUGGUUUCUGGUCCAUGCAAAGUUAUUUUUAAUAGCACUAUAUGGCCAAAAUUUAUAAAGUGUGAUGAUACAAAACUGUUCCCCCAUUUAUGUAUGAACGAAGCAAGAGAAUUGAAAUUUAACACAACAUCAAAGUGCCUUUCACCAUUAGUGCCUACUGAUAAUGCUCUUGCUAUAUUUGAAGGAGUUGAAGGAUGUGGAACUCCAUGUAAUGACCCUCUUUAUACACAUGACGAGCAAAAACAAAUACAGUCAUUUAUUGCUUGGGCUGCUAGUAUUUGCAUUUCUUUUAAUGCAUUCACUGUGAUAACGUUUAUAAUUGACUGGAGGAGUGCCAAUAAAUAUCCAGCAUUAGUGAUAUUUUACAUAAAUUGUUGUUUCAUGAUAUCUUGUAUUGGAUGGCUUGCACAGUUUACAUUUAAUACAAAAGAAAACAUUGUUUGCAAAAAAGACAAUACGCUAAGGAUGAGCGAACCAAGUGGUGAUUUAUCCUGUGUAGUAAUAUUUAUAUUAGUAUAUUAUUCAUUAAUGGCAGCUAUGGUUUGGUUUGUCAUUCUAACUUAUACAUGGCAUAUGAGUUUUCAAGCUCUUGGAAAAAUUCAAGAUAGAAUUGAUAAAAAAAGUGCAUAUUUUCAUCUAUUAGCUUGGUGUUUGCCACUGAUGUUAACAGUGACAAUAAUGGCAUUGGGUGAAAUUGAUGGAAAUAGCAUGAUAGGAAUUUGUUUUGUUGGAUACAAUAACCAUAUUGUCAGAGCUUGGUUUGUACUUGGACCUGUUUUAACCUUUGUACUUAUUGGAGGAUACUUUUUAUUCAGAGGAUUAAUAACUUUAAUUCGCUUAAAAAUUAGCAGCCAAGAAAUUAUAUCUGAAAAAGCAAGUUCAAAGAUACGAGAAACUAUUGUUAGAGUGGGUUUAUUUUCUACAUUUACAUUUGCAGCUGUUAUUUCAACAUUUUAUUGCCAUUUAUAUGACUUUGAACAUUCAGAAGAAUGGAAACAAAGCUUCAGAGAGUUUAUACUCUGUUCCAUAACAUCGAAAUAUGCAGAAGUUUCAGAAUGUAAAAUAAAAUCAAGACCUAGCAUAGCAAAAUUACAACUCCAUUUACUGACUCCAUUUUUUACUGGUAUCUUGAUGUCUUCUUGGGUCUGGACAGGAUCAACCAUUGAUACAUGGAUGAGAUUUUUGAGGAGAAUUUGCAACCGUGAAACUGAAGAGCCAGUCAAGUUAAAAAAACACAAAGUUAUAGCUCAAGCAUUUGCAAAGAGAAAAAUGUUUAAUGAUGCUGGUCGUCUAUCUAUUACCUUCCAUAAUACUCAUGAAGAUCCCGUAGGUUUAAAUUUUGACCUUAACUCUGUAGCCUCUCAGGAUUUUAGUUCGACAUGGGCUGCAGCAUUGCCAAAACUGGUUACAAGAAGAGGGGCGUUAGUUAACAACUCAAUAUCAAGUAAUCGUAGAAAUUCGACAGAUUCACAAUAUAGUUUUAGUUUACGCCGUGUGUCUGUUGAAUCUAGAAGAAAUUCUUGUGAUUCUCAAUUUGCUUUAUCUAUAAGUGAAAUGAAAGCCGAGCUAAAGACACAUAAGAGUAGUCACAAACGAAGGAAAAAAUUAUCAGAAAGAACUAGAAAAAGGUCUGAUUCUUACAGAAGAGGAAGACGAGAUUUUGAGAAAUCGAGAUCAAGUAAAGUCAUAGCUUAUAGAAGAGGCAGUACAACAUCACAGGAAAGUCAACUCGGUGUACAAAUUCUUUCUGCUUUAUCAAUUGGAGCUGCUUCAAAUAAUGUGCCAUUGCAAGUACCAAAUAUGAAGAGACGUCCAGGUUUGCCUGAAGGAGCUUUAGCUCUAAAAGACGCUGAAAAACUUUUACCAUUUUUAUUUCCGAGGUCGAGUGAGACUGAUGAAAAUAUGAGUAGUGAUGAAAAGAAAAAUGCAAUAACAGAUAAAGAUAGAGAUGUAGAAGUUGCACAUAGGGAUAAUAAUAAUCAAGAUAGCGACAAUGAAGAUAGUCAACCUGAGGAAGAUGCAAGAAUGUUAGAAACAAUAGAGAUGCAUGAAAGGAGUAGAAGUAAAGUCAGCAAUAAAAGCUCUAAGAGUUCUAAAAGCUAUAAUCGAAGUUAUGACAAAAGAAUAUCUGCCGAAUGCCAAACAAAAUAUUUCUUAGAAGAUGAAGCAGCUUCAAAGCAUUUACUUCAUGAAUCAAAAGAUACGAAAGUGAAGGAUAAUGUUGAAGAAAUAAAUGGCAAAAAACCAAUUAAAAGUAAUUCAGGUUCAACCAAUUCAUCUUUUAACCCAGAAUCAAACAAAUCUACACAGUUUGAUGGACAAUCACAUGCAAGAGAAAUUGCCACACAAACUCUUCCACUUGAAAUGUUGGAAAUUUUAUCUUUGUAACGAAAUUUUAUAAACUAUCUACAUUUUGUAUUUUGAUACCAAAUGAAUGAUUGAUAUAACAAUAUGAAGUGAAAUAAGAGCCAACGUUAGAAUGAGUACAAUAUUUUUAUAUCUUAAGCAUAUAAUUUUUGAAUAUA